AGUGUAGAUUUCGUAAACUUUAUGCAUUCAUUGAUUUUGAUGGGGCCAAAAUUUAUCACAGAACUAUUUUUAUCGUCCAUAAAAGUAAGCAGAUAAAAUUUUAGAUCGGUAAUUUUCUGGAUGUAAAAUAAAUUUUUCUACUGAUAUAAUAUACACUUAGCACAUUUCUGAAUUGGAUUAAAGUUUACUUUAUCAUCACCGCACAAGACAAAGUCAAGCAUGAACAUAGAUUUAUGGACGUGAUAAGCAAUUUUCUAACAUUGGAUAAGAUUGAUAUUGAUAAGCCACGUCCUGAUAACGAACAGUUAUAGUUAUAAAGUCAUCCUAAAUGUGUCGAAAGUUGUAUAAUAGUCUUUGACAUAUUAAAUUAUAUAUCAUGGUUAAAUAUCAUUUGUUAAUAAAUUUUAGGCCGCUGAUCAGUUUUUUUAGGAAACAUGCCAAGAAAAUUAUAGUAUUUAGUGUCCUGAUUAGUCUAUUCUAUCUGAUUUACGCUAUAGUCGAGAUAUCAAAACUCUCAAAACUUAAAGACAUCUCGGUCUCGAGAGCAUUAGAUUUAAUAACAGAAGUUAAAACUCUUCCUCUCGCUGAAGAGUCUGAAGACUCAUGGAAAGAACCAGACAUAAAGGGCUCGAGAAUUUAUUCAGCGUACUUGGAAACGAGGAGUCAAGUAGUGCUUAAAGAAAACCGUUACUUAAUCUAUAACGAUUCCACGUGGGCUUUUAUCCGCAUCAUUGGGAUCAUCCCAGUAAAUUUGAACUCUCCUUUGACUUGCUAUUACGAGUAUGCCUAUUCCGACAGACCCCUCAGAAAGUUGAUUAUUAAAAAAGCUUCGAUUAGAACCCAGUUGAUCGCGAAACCAGAAAAUUUUGAUAUGUACUACUCUGCUGCUUUUAUCCUCUGUCCUCUAGCUUACCCGGAAGAAGUGAGUUCGCGGAACAUAAAGUUGCCGUAUAGAGUGACAGUGUCAACAAGGGCCGAUCGUAGGGAUCACCAAAUUAAUGGCAAUGAAUUUGUUGUAAUAAGAUACCCGAAAAAAUGGCGUCAGUCGAGUAUUGAUCAUAAUGAAUUUCAACCCGCAAAAACAUUUUCGGUAUGCGUCAAGCCUUUUCAUCAUAAUUUCGAUAAAACGCUUGAUCUAGUCACAUUCAUUGAAUUCUACAGGCUGAUGGGAGUUAAUCACUUGACAUUCUACCGGGAUUCAGUAACAGAAAAUGUCGACAAAAUUUUGAACUACUAUGUCAAGCAGAAGGUAAUUACUCUACUGAAAUGGAAAUUGCCCGAAAUUUACAUCUUCCAGAAAACGCUGAGAACUGAUGGUAUUUUUGCGGCACUAAAUGAUUGUCUGUAUCGGAACACGUUUCACGAGGCCAUGGAAUAUGUAAUAGGUGUCGAUGUAGAUGAGUACAUCGUGCCGAGAAUACAUGAAAAUUACAGCGAGAUGAUGAAAGUUCUCAACGCGGUUCCCGGCGAGGAAAUAGGGGUUUGGAUCAUUAGAAAUGUCUUCUACUAUUUGAUGUAUGACGACGAUGUAGUUACUCUGCCGGGAGGGUCACCCAAGCUCACUUUGCACUACAAAACUACGAGAUUGAAAAAAGCUAACCCUGUUUAUGAACGCAGUAAAUAUAUUGCUCAAGGAAAAAAUGUUGUAGAGCUAGGAAAUCAUCGGGCGUGGAAGACUAAAAAAACAUGGUCAAUAUUUGGAACUCGAUACAAACAAGUCGAAGUAGACCCUAUUAUUGCGACUUCAAAUCACUACAGAUUUUGUGAAACUGAGAUUGAUAAAUGCUGGAAACGAGAAACUAUCAUAGACAGAACAACUCAUAAAUUUACCGAAGAACUUAGUGACAGAGUUUCAAAAGUAUUAAAAAAAUUGAAUCUUGGACAAUAAAUUUUUGUUAAUAAAUAUUUUUAGGUUUGUA